UAUCUCCGCGUUGCAGCGUUGCAUGAACUCGCGAACAAAACGGACCAAUAAUAAAAAACGGCAACAAACACAACCACAACAACCACAACAACAACAACGGCUAACAGCUAGCUAAACGGACAACGGAAAUAAUUAAGCAACUAGCACGGGCAACAACUGAACAAACGGAACAACAAUAAAAUAUUUAAACAUUAAACAUUAAACUGAAAAAAAAAUACCCAAAUGCAGACGCAGUCAAAAUUGUAAAUGAAAAAUUUUGUUGUAUUUAUCAACAACAAUUGUUGCGGUGUCGUUUUGUUUUAACGACUAUCAAAUGGUGUCGGUGUCAAGCGCGACCUAGAAAACAACCAAAUAAAAUAAAUAAAAACAGCAACUGAAACCGAUAUCGAAAUUGAAAUUGAAAUUGAAAUUGAAACAGCUGCCCCUUGUCCACAAAUUAAAUAUAUGUAUUUAUAUAGUUAGAAUUCGAAGCACGUUUAACGCAGGCUGCAGAAUUACGCAAAAACAACUCAAACAACAACUCGAACAACAACAACAACAACAAAAACAGCUGACGUUCAAUGAACGCGCAAAGCAAAGCGUAAAUGCAGACAGUGAGUGCUAAAUGUAAGCGCACAGACAGCAGCAGCAGCUGGAGCUGAACUUGAAAGUGAAAGUACAAAUUCGCCAGACGCCUUUAAAAGCAGCAAAUCAUCACGAGACGCCUUCAGAUACAUUGUUACAGCUACAGAUACAUUGUUACAUUGAUACAGAUACAGAUACAGAUACAUAGUUAGAGAUUUGCAUUUGAUUUGGGCAAAGCAAGUCAAGCUUUUGCUGGAGUGCCAAGUGCCAAGUGCUCAGAGCAUCAGCCAACAGUCAAAAAAUGUGCGAUCAGAAUAAACUGGAGUACACCUGCUCCUCCUCCUCCACCUCCACCUCCGCUUCCUACGAGGUAAAGGCGCCUCAAGGUCACACUUUUGUGGUUUCCCCUGUGCCGCCCAUGCUGACAGCAGUGCCUGUGAUGAAGCCAGCGUUGACUUCAUUGGAGCAGCAGCCGGAACCGGAGUCGCAGGAGCUGCCCUGUUGCAGCUCGCAGGCUGUGGUGCCGUUGUCCUCGUCGCUGCCCUCCAAGCUGCUCCGCUUGCAUGCCAAACGCUCGGCACAGGCGCUGCUCCAUCAACUGGAGUCACUGGACUCACAGUUUGGCUCUGGAUCCGAGAGUGCACCACCUAGUCCCAGUGCGCCAGCACUUUGUGAUGAUAAGCUGCUGGAUGUGGGCAUGGGUUCGUCGAUUGGCGACUCCGAGGAGUCCGAGGAGGAUGAUGAGCUCAAGCCACUGGCCGUGGACAAUCACAUUAUGCAUGAGCCGGAGCUGGCAGAGCGUCAGGCAGAGCGUCAGUCAUCGCCGCCAGCGGUGCCACUGAGCGAGGCCAAUUUGGAGAAGUUUCGCAAGAAUCACCUGGACAACAUCUAUCUGCAUCCCAACUUCAAUUUGGAUGCCUCGCCGCCACCAGCUGUGGCUCCAGCCAAUUCACCCGUGUUGGAAGCGCGACGUGCUCAUCGCUCCUUCCUCAGCCUGAAGAAACCCGCCGAGGAGGAGCCCAAGACAGAGCAACCACAGCUGGAGCAGUCGGAGCAGACUAACGAGAUUGACACGCUGGAUCCGUCGUUGGUGCCCAGCGAGGAGCUGGCCACGGAGAUCACCGAUGCCGUGGAGUUCUACUUCUCCAACGAGAGCAUACUCAAGGAUGCCUUCCUGCUGAAGCAUGUGCGACGCAACAAGGAGGGAUUCGUCAGCCUCAAGCUUGUGUCCAGCUUCAAGCGGGUGCGCCAGCUGACCCGCGAGUGGAAGGUGGUGGGCGAUGCAGUGCGUCGCAAGUCCCACAAGAUCGUGCUGAACGAGCAGGGCACCAAGGUGCGACGCCUGGAGCCGUUGCCCAGCUUCGAUGAAACGAUGCCCUCGCGCACCAUUGUCGCCUGCGAUCUGCCGCUGGACAAGCUGAGCAUCGAGAAGGUCUCCGAUCUGUUCUCCAAGUGCGGCGAGAUUGCGCUGAUUCGCAUCCUCAAGCCGGGCAUGGCCAUUCCCGUGGAUGUGCGCCAGUUCAUGAACAAGUAUCCGGAGCUGCAGCAGAAGGAGUGCGCUUUGAUCGAGUAUCUGGAGUCGUCGUCGGCACGCGAGGCACGUCAUCUGGCCGGACCCUUUCAGGUCUACGAGAUGGUGGCGCCCAAGAAGAAGACGGGCAAGAAGGCGGCGGUCAUCCAGCUGGCGGCGCCAGUUGCCCGCAUGGUGGAGAACUAUCGCUACUACAACGAGGCCAACUGCGAGCGGACACGUGGUGGUAGCUUCUCCGGUCUGCCCAGCCACGAGCCGUUGCAUGAUCUGCGCUUCAAGCUGAAGCGCAACAACUCCGACUUCCAGCCAAGUUACUACCAACAACAACAACAGCAGCAGCAGCAGCAGCAUCAUCAUCAGGCCACCUCCUAUCAUGGACAUGGACAUGGCUAUCAGCACUAUCAGCCACGUGGCAGCAUUGGCUUGGAGCAGCAGCCGCCGUCUCCGGGUUUUUUCGGCUAUGCGCCGAGACGCUACAGCAAUACGUCCACAAUCUCGGCCAGCACGGCGGCUGCCUUGGGCGAAUCCUCGCCAGCGCCUGCGGCUGUCGUCGCACCCAACAACAAUCCGGUUAAUCCCGUGUCAGCUGCUCCGCUUAGCAGCCUGCAGCGUCGUCUGUCCAACUGCUCGGAGCAGAACUAUGCUGGCGAGUCCAUGUCACGUCGUGCCAGCAACUGCUCCGACACAGCUGCUCCGCAGCGUCGUGACUCCAAUUGCUCGGAGAGCUGUCCCUGCUCCAGACGCGUCUCUGACUUUGGCCAGUCGGAGGCGUAUCGCAAGACGUCCGUCUGCUCCAACGGCAGCUGCUCCAACAUGGCGGAACGACGCUACUCCAAUGGCUCCAUGCAGUUCGAGCGCAGCUUCUCCAAUGCCAGCGAUGGCAACGGUGGCUUCUAUCGUCGUCCCUCCAACGACUUUAACGUGGAGCGUGAGCGGGAACCGGAUCAGCUGGUGGGCGGCGGCGGUGGUGGCUAUCAGGUCUGGCCACGUCGCUACUCCAACAACUUCCAGCAGCUGAGCAGCAAGCUGGCCGCCUACGAUAAUGCCCAGUAUAUUGGCGGACGUCGCAUCUCCACAGAUUCCGGCUACGAUCGUCGCUACUCCUUUGGCUCCGAGUUCGAGGGAUCGCCUCGCUCCCGCACCGGCAGCUUCCUCAGCAGCUACAAGCACGGUCCGGGCAGCGACUAUGACGGACAACCUCGCUCCCGCACUGGCAGCUUCCUCGACGGAUCACCACGCUCCCGUUCCGGCUCCUUUGCCCAGCGUACCGCCGAGAGUCUGGUGCGCACUCCCAUGGGUCCGGAUGGCAGCAAGGGAUUUGGCCAGCGUGCCCGUAAGUUCGGUCAGACCGUAUCGCCCGUCAACUAGAGACAGGAGAGAACUAGGAUGAUUAACUAGGAUGAUUAACUAGGAUGUUAACUAAUUGUAGUGGGUAACUUUUGUUGAAUUGUGAAAUUAUUUAAUGGCUGUACACUGUGAUGUUGUCCAACUGUCCAAGAACCACACCACGCCUACGCCCACGCCCCUUUUUACCUUAAGAUACUUACAAACAAGGCUGCAAACUGGUCACACUUUUUGAAAAAAAAAUUAUUACACUAAUUUCAUGCGUUUUUUAAUUUUAAAGUUCGAUACCUUAAAAUUAGCCAUUUUUUUCUAAACAAUUUUAUUGUCUUAAAAAACAAGAACAAAUUUUAAA